AUGUUCUGGUGGCUCUACUAUGCAAAUAACCCAACCAAAGACUUCACAGAGUUACCUCUCAUCUUGUGGCUGCAGGGAGGUCCAGGAGCUUCAGGCUGUGGAUUUGGGAACUUUGAAGAGAUUGGUCCAUUAGACAAAGAAAUGAAACCAAGAAACACAACCUGGUUGCAGGCAGCCAGUAUCUUGUUUGUGGAUAAUCCUGUGGGCACUGGAUUCAGUUAUGUGGAUGAUUGUAGCUUGUUUGCCAAAAACCUUACCACAGUAGUUUCUGAUAUGAUGGUUUUUCUCAGAGAAUUCUUCACCUGUAGAACAGAAUUCCAGACCAUCCCAUUCUACAUAUUUUCUGAAUCUUAUGGGGGUAAAAUGGCUGCUGGCAUUGCUUUAGAGCUGCACGAGGCUGUUCAAAAAGGGACCAUAAAGUGCAAUUUUAUGGGGACUGCUUUUGGUGAUUCAUGGAUUUCUCCUUUGGACUCUGUGCUGUCUUGGGCGCCGUAUCUUUACAGCACUUCUCUCCUUGAUGAUAAUGGUCUAGCAGAAGUAACUGCUGUUGCCAAAGAAAUAAUGGAUGCAAUAAAUAAAAAUCAGUAUGGGCUGGCCACUGAGCUCUGGGGCAAGGCUGAAGGUAUCAUUGAAGAGAACACAGACAAUGUGAACUUUUAUAACAUCAUGACUAAAGAUGUUCCAGAAAUGAAAUCAAAUGAACAAGGAAAUCUCCAUCUCAUAAGACUUUACCAACGCCAUGUCAGAAACAUGAAUAAGAACAGCCUAAAUGAAUUGAUGAAUGGACCCAUCAGGAAGAAGCUAAAAAUUAUUCCUGACUGUGUGAAAUGGGGAGGUCAGUCCAAAGAUGUCUUUGAGAACAUGGCUGAGGACUUCAUGAAACCUGUCAUUGAUAUUGUUGAUCAGCUUUUGGCAGCCAAUGUCAGUGUUACAGUCUAUAAUGGGCAGCUGGAUCUCAUUGUUGACACCAUGGGCCAGGAGGCAUGGAUCCGGAAACUGAAAUGGCCUAAUUUGGCCCAGUUUAGCCAGCAAAGGUGGAAGCCCCUCUAUGUGUCUCCAGAAUGCACUGAGACAGCUGCUUUCUACAAGGCCUAUCAGAACUUCGCUUUCUUCUGGAUUCUUAAGGCUGGGCACAUGGUACCAUCUGAUCAAGGAGAGAUGGCACUGAAAAUGGUCCGGAUGGUGACCCAGCAGCAGCACUGAGAAGGGGAGGCCAGCUGGAAUGGCUUCCUGGUCAGCAUCAGGGCUCUUGCAGAAUGGGAGUCCAGAGUAACAAGCUGCAGGAGGAACAACAGCCCUUUGGACACACAGCCUCUCUGAUCUUGCUGAUAAGCAUUUACAGAAAGGCUGUUUUUUUUCCUUGAAUGAGUUGUUGCUUUUGAAUUUGUAAGCUGUGAUUUGCUGUUUAAACAUUGUUCAUAAUGACCCUUCCAGAGGGAAGUCCACUGCC